AUGAGGGGGUCGCCGCAUUAUCACAACAACAACAACAACCCGAUACAGAAUCAGCAGUACCAUCAGUACCACCACGGUUGCGGCAGUGGCAGUGGCUUCGGCAGGCGCGCCCGACCCAGACACGGGUGGCCCGAAGCCGCGGUCGCCGUCUACGCGGCCGUCGCCGUGGCCGUGACCGUGUGCUAUUGGAACGGUUUGCGCGGCGAUUUCGUGCACGACGACAUACCGGCCGUGGCCAUGAACGCCGACGUGCUGGGCACCGGCCCACUGGCCCGCGUGGCCACCAACGACUUCUGGGGCACACCGCUGUCGGACCCCAACAGCCACAAGUCGUACCGACCGCUGACCACGCUGACUUUCAGAUUGAACCAUUAUGUGUUUGGGCUUCAACCUGUGUGGUUUCACGUGGUCAACGUUAUACUUCAUGGCCUUUGUAGCGUUUUGUUUGCCCGCCUGUGCAUUUCAGUUGCCGGAUUAGAACAUAAAUAUGGACUUUUGGCCGGAAUUGUUUUCGCUGUCCAUCCGAUCCACACAGAAGCGGUGACGGGAAUCGUCGGAAGAGCAGAUGUAUUGGCGUGUCUAUUUUUUCUAUUAUCAUUUUUAACGUAUCACGACACACGAUGGAAACGCAGAGAACGGGUGUUGCUUAGCUGUACAUUUGGAGCGUUAUCAAUGUUGGCCAAGGAAACCGGGCUAAUGGUCCUUUUAGUAAAUCUGGCUUACGACAUAUAUUCUUCGUGGGGCCAUAUUAAAAAGUCAUUGGUGGAACACAAACAGACUGAGGAAUAUAAUUCAUUCACAAGAAGGGUUCCAAAAACUAUAGCAGCGACAGUUGCACUGUUAACGUUUCGACUGUACAUGCUUCAAGGCAGUUUACCGAAAUUUACUGAGCCGGACAAUCCUGCAGCGUUCCAUGACAGCUCAAGAGUCAGAUUCCUCAGCUAUAGUUAUGUGGCUGCGUUCAACCUGUGGCUGAUGUUAUGUCCGUCGGCUUUGAGUCACGACUGGCAAAUGAAUUCACUACCAUUGGUCACGUCUCUGUACGAUAUCAGAAACAUUGGAACAUGUGUAGCUGCAGCAUUCUUGUUGUGCAUUACGUGCAAGAUAUUAUCUGACAUGGACACACAAAAACAUAGUCCUCAAGUUUUGGCAGCUCUUUUACUCAUCAUCCCUUACAUUCCUGCUUCCAAUCUUCUAGUAACAGUAGGAUUUGUGGUGGCCGAAAGAGUACUGUACAUACCCAGUAUGGGACUCAUUUUGUUAUGCGUAUAUGGACUUCAAACUAUCCAGAAUCACAAAAAAUCAUCGAACUGGGUGGUAAUGACGACGAAAUUUUUUGUGGGCUUCACACUAUUCGUAUUCGUAGCUAGAACCGUACUGAGAAAUAGUGAUUGGAUGUCUAGACCGACAAUCAUUAAGGCCGGUUUGAAGACCCUGCCACACAACGCCAAAAUGCACUAUAACUGGGCGAAUUACCAAAGGGACGUAGGGGACACGCAAACAGCUGUAAAUCACUACAGGGAGGCGUUAAGGUUAUGGCCGUCUUAUGCGAGUGCACACAACAAUUUAGGCACGCUGAUGGAAAGGUCCAGGGAUGCCGAACACCAUUUUUUGGCCGCAAUCCGAUACUCGCCAGGGCACGUUAACGCUCAUUACAACUUGGGUCAAGUGUACAGGUUGAUGAACCGGACCAAAGACGCAGUGGCCAUGCUGGAACGAUGUCUCAUGUUGAACAAUGGUUACACAGCUGCAUACUUGCUGUUGGCAAAAUUGCACACGGGAAGUCAAACCGGACGACUGUUGAAGCACGUUGCUGCCUAUCAGCCCAAACACCCAGAACAUCAAGCUCGUUAUGCUCGUUGGCUUCGCGAUAACCGUCGUGUGGCCGAGGCUUUAAUUUAUUAUAAAAGAGCCAUGGCGGUGAAUAUGGAACACAGGGAGUCUGUUUUGGGUUUAGCCCGUGUACUCAGAGACCGAGGACAAAAAUCCAGAGUUUACAGACUCAUAACUUGGUGGCAGUCGACGAGACGCAGACACUUGGUGCCCGGCGGCGGUCGGAUCGUGUUCGCCGGCGAUCUCUACGUCAAGGGAUGGCAGCUGUACAAACAGGGCCAGACCACAGCGCCUCUACCCUCGGCCGGAGAGCCGCCUCCGAGACGACGCAACGCCGACGGCAAAAUGUCAAUGUGCAACGGUGUACAACUAUCCCACGUGAUGAUCCCGGGAAAGUGA